GGACUACAAGACCAGACAAAACCAAAUGAAAUUAGGAAACGACAACAAGGAGGCAGGAAUAUAAAAGGUUGAAGAACAACCGAAGGACAAAUAGAGAAAAAGUGGGAUCAGAGAAGAAGGAGAAUAAGUACAACGGCUACUACGAGUGACAGAUUAGAGCUGACCCAUUUAAUAAGAUUGUCGCUGCAGUCGAUGCUGCAGUUUUGAGCCGCUCCUGCACCGGCACAGCUGACUCAAUGAGAAAGACAUGCUCGCUUUCGUUUUGGUCUCUGGGUCGCUCUGGAUUAUAUUAGAGCUGAGUUCCACCCUGAUGGAGAAGAUGCAGGCCCAGGAGAUGAUGAGCGGCCUGAGGAUACCGGAGAUGGAGGACCUGGGACAGUUCUUCCUCUCCCUGCCGACCUCCACGCUGGUGGGCAUCGGCGCUCUGACCGCCGUGCUGGCGUACUGGUUGGCCACCAGGCCUCGCCCCAUCAAGCCGCCCUGCAGCCUGCUGCACCAAUCCGAGGAGGUGCCGCAUGAGGACGGAGGUCGCCGGUCCAUGAUGGGCGACAGCUCCAAGCUGCUGAGUCAUUACCACGACGACGCCAGGACCAUGUACGAGGUUUUCCAGAGAGGCUUCCACAUAUCUGGUGACGGACCUUGCUUGGGCUCGCGGCUCCCCAACCAGCCUUACAAAUGGAUAUCCUACAAAGAGGUGACGGCCCGAGCCGAGUAUCUGGGUUCAGGCCUUCUGCACCAGGGCUGCCAUCCAAACCCAAACCAGUUCAUCGGAGUGUUCGCCCAGAACAGGCCAGAGUGGAUCAUCUCAGAGCUAGCUUGCUACACCUACUCCAUGGUGGUGGUUCCACUUUAUGACACACUGGGCCCAGACGCCAUACGGUUCAUCAUUAACACCGCCGACAUCUCCACGGUCAUCUGUGACAAAGUGGACAAAGCUCAGGUGCUGCUGGAUAACGUGGAGCGGAAGGAGACGCCCGGCCUGCGGAGAAUCAUCCUGAUGGACGACUUCGACUCCGACCUCGUGGAGCGCGGCACGAGCUGCGGCGUGGAAGUGCAGGCCAUGCAGGAAGUCGAGGCUCUGGGCAGAGAGCACCACAGAAAACCUGUACCACCAGCACCAGACGACCUCUCCAUCGUGUGUUUCACCAGUGGAACCACAGGUAACCCAAAGGGAGUCAUGCUGACCCAUGGGAACGUGGUGGCAGAUUUCUCAGGUUUUCUCAAAGUGACAGAUAAAGUCAUUUCUCCCAACAAGGACGAUUGCCUCAUUUCCUUCCUGCCGCUGGCUCACAUGUUUGAGAGGCUCAUCGAGUCGGUGGUUUAUUGCCACGGAGGGCGGAUCGGGUUCUAUCAGGGCGACAUCCGUCUCCUCCCAGACGACAUGAAGGCCCUGCGGCCGACCAUUUUCCCCGUCGUGCCUCGACUGCUCAACCGCAUGUACGACAAGAUCUUCAGCCAGGCCAACACCCCGUUGAAGCGCUGGCUGCUCAACUUCGCUGCCAAGAGAAAAGGUGCUGAGGUCAGCAGCGGGAUCAUUCGCAGCGACAGCGUCUGGGACAAAAUCUUCUUCAGUAAGAUUCAGGCCAGCCUCGGAGGAAGACUGAGGAUGAUUAUAACAGGAGCGGCUCCUACCUCGCCCAGUGUCCUGGGAUUCCUCAGAGCAGCUCUGGGAUGCCAGGUGUACGAGGCGUACGGCCAGACAGAGUGCACAGCUGGCUGCACCUUCACCACACCUGGAGACUGGACACCAGGUCACGUCGGGGCCCCGCUGCCAUGUAACCUCAUCAAAGUGGUGGAUGUUCCCGAGAAGAACUACUUUGCCUCAAAGGGAGAAGGAGAGGUUUGUGUGAAAGGACCAAAUGUGUUUAAGGGCUACCUCAAAGACCCGGAGAGGACGGCCGAGACGCUGGACGCAGACGGCUGGCUUCACACCGGAGACAUCGGAAAAUGGUUGCCCAAUGGCACGCUGAAGAUCAUCGACAGGAAGAAGCACAUCUUCAAGUUGGCGCAGGGCGAGUACAUCUCCCCGGAGAAGAUCGAGAACAUCUACAUUAGGAGCGAACCUGUGGCACAGCUCUACGUUCACGGAGAUAGUCUGCAGUCCUGUUUGGUGGGGAUUGUGGUUCCUGACCCUGAGGUCAUGCCUGAGUGGGCCAAGAAAAAAGGCAUAUUCGGCACCUACAAGGACCUCUGUAAAAACACGGAACUGAAGAAGGCCGUCCUUGAAGAUUUGGUGCGUCUAGGCAAGGCUAGCGGCCUCCACUCGUUUGAACAGGUGAAGAACAUCUACAUCCACAACGAGAUGUUCUCCAUCGUCAACGGCCUCCUGACCCCGACGCUAAAGGCCAAGAGGCCCGAGCUGAAGGAGUUCUUCAAGGAGAAGAUCGACCGGCUCUACAACAGCAUCUCCAUGUGAAGGCCGGCCUCCACCUCAUUGUCCUUCCAGCAUCUUAACGCUAAGAUCUGCUUUGAUCCAUUGACCUGCAGUGGGACAAAGAUGUGACACCGUAGGCUUCAGCCAAACCUGGCCCUGCUAUGGAAGAUUUAAAAAUGCCCAAAUAAAAACAAAUCAAAGAAAUAAAGUGGAAUACAAUGCA